UACUCUUUUUAAUAACAGGUUUGCAAGCUAACUUCUUCAAGUUUGUUAUCAAAACGCUUAACUUAAGACUAAGUGAAACCGACCCUCUCUCAUUGCUUUGCCCCUCUCUGUCUCUACACCCCUCUUUUCAUUCCCCACUCAAAUCUAUUUCUGUCCCCGGCUGAGUCAGAUGGAUAGCUCCCAACUUAGAAUGACACAAACAGGCAGACCAACCCUUCAAAAUCAGAGUUGCUGAAAACAUCAAGAGAACUCUAAAAUAUACAGAAAAGACAAUAUAAAGGGUGGAUAUUACCAAGAUGGAGGAGUGCGAGGGUCUGGACUCAGAGAUGACAGAGCUGCACGAGUUUCAGUCUGAGGCUUCAGAGGCCACCAGUCAGGACGAUGAAGAUGAAGUGGAAGAACUGCAAAACAGUCUUCGAGAGGUUGUGCAGGACCAGUCUGUGAAGCCCAAACUCCAGUGCCUGAUGGUAGAUCCAUCGUUCUCCAUGGUAACUGUUCAGAGCGAGGACAGUGGUAUUGUUUGGGAGACAGCCUCUAGCCGCUGCUCUACACCCUGGGCCUCUGAGACCAGCUCCAUCUCUGAAGCCUACAGCAUGGAGGGCUCUGGAGCUGCAGGAAAGAUCACCAUCGUCUUUGAUGAGGAGAAAAUUGUCCGCAGGAGGACUAGGUCUGGCGGAAGGAGCAGCAGGCUGGGCGACAGGCUGAGCCGACCUGGCAGUUCAAGAUCGGCUUCAGCUCUGGGAGUGGAGCGACUGGAGAUGGCAGAGGUUUCCAUUCCCAAUGUCAAACAGGAGAAAACUGAAACAGAGCCGGAGUUGGAGGAAAUCAAAAACAAAGAUCAGCAGCUGUUUAGUUUGAUUUCAGAAGGUUAUGAAAUUCUCAACAUCAGAGUCCCCUCCAAACUUCCCACUGUGGAUGAGGAGGAGAGCACAGAGCUGCAGGACAAUUUGUCUUAUUUGGACCAGACUCCAAAGAUCAGGUCUCGAAACCACCACGACUGGGCACUGCAACAGAAUCAUGUCCUGCAAGAGGAGGGAAAAAUACUGGAUCAUCAAGAGCCCACAGAGCAAGAGUCUCCUCAGCUGUCUGCUGACACAGAGCUCGGACACACACCUGCUCAGAAAGACAGCACCGGCGACAUAGAUUACUUUGAGAAGUUUACCCUGGUUGAUGUGGUGGUUCCUGGGGAACAAGCUCUAGAGCAGCAGGUGGCAGAAGAACAUGCAGUGAAACCCCAAGUAGUGGAGGAAAAGCCUGCUAAAGACACAGGUACAGACAGGCUCUCUGCGUCAGAAGAAUCCUUUGUCUUCGUUGCAGAUGUGGACAUAGUUGGAGAACACCUGGAUGAGGUGUUCUAUGGAGAAGGUGCUCCUGCUGAUGCACUUCAGCGGAGAGAAGAUGAUGAGGCAGAGGGUGGAGCAGGGAUGAGAAUGAGAAGAGAGAGUCAGAGAUCUGCAAAGGAGAGUGGCUCAGUGUUGUUUGGGAGUGAAGAGACCAUCCUCACACCCAUCUUUAUCUCCCCUGGUCCCCCCAAGAUCAUUGAUCCCAUCCUGCUGGAGGAGCCCACUGCCAUGUCCUUCAUGUAUUCAGACCUGUAUGAGGAUGCAGUAGGUGAGAGGAGGAAGAGUGACGAGGAAUACUCUGAACCAGAGAGUGUGACCUCUGAAAAGUCUUAUAAGAGACGUCUGUCAGAUUCAGAGGAGGCCGACGGGUACCUGGAGAAGUUUAUUUUGAAGGAUGAAACUCCCACAGUGGACAUUCAGUCAGAGUCAGUGGAGGAUAGGAGGGAGGGGAGGAUUAUGUGGUCACAGAAUAAGUUUGAGAUGACAGGAUGUUUAACACGAGUGGUCAAAGAAGAAGAUGAGGAUAAGACAAAGACUGAGGAACCAAAGACACUGGAGGUCAGUGUAGAGGAUAGGAAUGAAAUAGACAGGGAAAUAGUUACAGACACAGAAAAGGAGAGGGACAAGAUACAACCUUCAGUGGUGACUGAAGAACAGACUGUCAUAGAAGGUACAGAAGAAUCAAUUCAGGAGUCGAAACUGAGAGAGGAUCAGAUGGAGGAUCGAGAAGUGAGACAAGAAGCAAAGAGUGACCAGACUGAGCCUCCUGAUAGCAGCAUUGAUGAGCUACUUCCAACAUCUCUACAGGUGGACUGUAAAGAAGAGAAAACAGAGCAUCAGAGAGAAGAGCCAGCAGAAACAACUAGUAUAACUGAAACUGCGCAGCUAUGUCAGACGCAAGAAGUGGCAGAAAUAACAACUCAAGCAGUUAGAAAUGCUACAGAGGAAACAGCUGUGAUGGGACCUGUAAGCAGAGAGGUGCCUCACAUCGCUGGUACAUCUGAAAUACCAAAAAAAAUCAGUGUGAGGAGUUUGUCUGAGGAGGCAGCUGCUGAUGAAACGGUAGUAACUGAGGCCAUAGGAGAGGCCCCAGCCGAAGUGAAACAACCUGAGCUUGAAGGACAGGAAAUGCUCACCUCUACUGAAAUAAAGACCUUAGCUGAAACAUCAUGUUGUCAGGAAGAAGAGGCAGCAGAAGCUGCUCCUGAAGAUGUUGCACCUGUUGAGGUUAUUACAGACUGUGAUGCUUCAGUGCAUGCGGUAGUGGAGGUCACGGAAAAGGCAGUGGAUGAAAAAGAGAUCCAAACUCAAGUUCAGAUUGAUCUUCAGGAGGUAAGAAGAGUGGAGCCAACAGAUGGUCAAACAGCAGCUUGUGAAGGAGCAGAAGAACAUGAAGCUCGAACAGAAGAAACUGCAGUUGAGAACCAAGUGAUUGAAUUUCUCAGAGAGGCUGAUCAGGAAGUUAAAACUGAGAUUUCAUGUGAAGUAGGUGACUGUGUUGUGCCAGAAGAAGUCAAGACAGAUUCAGAUAAGAAACAGCAACAUAUUGUUGAUACCAAACAGCUUCAACAAGAGGAGUCAGUGACGGACACUGAGUCAGACCACACAAAGCUGAUACCCACAAAGGAAACUGGGGAUAAUGUUCAGGGGACGGUGAAUAUGGGCGAUGAGUUAAUCCUCCUUGUCCCCAAAGGACAAGCUGUAGAGAUGGACAUAGAGGUCAAUCAUUGGUCAGAGAAAGAGAUAGGUCAUACAGUAGUUCUCUCUGAACCUGAUGCCACAUGUGAAUGUCUCAUACCACCUGAAACUACCACAAUAUGCCCAGAUACUCCUCUGGCGCCUAAUAAAGAAACAAUGACAGAGCAGAAACAAGAAGUAAAAUCAAAAAUUGUUCUAAGAGAAGAAUCACUACCCGGAAAUGAGCCAGACAGUAGGUACUCUCCUCCUGUGCCUAAGGAGGAGGCCAGCACAGAGGAGCAGAAGGUUGAGAGGGACUUUGGAAAAGAUGAGGCCAUGUUUUCCCCUCUGAGAAGCUUCAUUCCCCAGGAGGAUUUGUCUGGGCUUCACAGAGAGGAUAUGUGGUCAGAAACAGCAGAGGUAGAAGAAAAGACAUUGAUGCACAAGGCGGAAGAUGCUCCAGAAGCAUAUAUUGUUAAAGAGGAUUCACGUCCAGAGGCGGGUCUGCACAAAGGAGAUGUAGGGCAAAAGAUGGAGCAAAGUGACUUUGCAGAGGCUCCAGAGAUGAUGGUUGAGGAGCUGGGAUAUGAGAUGGUAUCUGAACAUGAUGCGAAAGAGAUGAGGGAGCCUGAAACACGGAGAGAAGCAAAGGAAACAAAACCCGAGGCUGGUCAGGAAGAGAGGAUGAGGAUGGAGGUGGAGAAGGAUGAGGAAGUCUUUGGUCCCUCCACAGAAGAAGAGCUUAUGGAGGCUGACUAUGAAAUCAUUGAUGCAGAGGAGGAGAGACAGGCCCGACUGGCUGCCGAGCUCCAGGGGAUGGACUGGUUCUGUCUCACCUGUGGAUGUCUGCUGUCAGAGGACGAAUGUGUUUCUGGAGAGCAUCACAGCCACGAGGUGACUGGUGUGGACAAAGCCUACCAGGAAGUCAAGGAGAAGCUGAGCGACUGGAUCUCAGAGCUUCAGGGGAGAUCGGAGAACAUCGAGGACCUGGUGUCUGAGCUUGAAUUGGCCUACAACUCUGUAGAGGAUCAGUGUGUGGAGACCGAGGCCACAAUGCAGGCGCAGAAUGAGGAGAUGAUGGCUCUGGUGAUGGAGCAGUACAACAACAUGUCCAUCAGCAUGGAAGAGGAGAAGAAAGCCAAGCUGGAGCAGCUAUAUGACCAGAUUGUCUCCUUCCAGGACAGCAUAGACUCUGCCAAGGCCACUCUGGAGACCACGGCCAGAGAGGCUGAGACUGAUGCACGGUCACCUGAAGACAUUCAUGCAAGGCUCAAGGCAGCUCUGGAUUCAGCCAUGUCACUGGAGCUGGGUCCCAAGGGACUACUGGUGUUCGAGGAUUAUGCCAAGGGCAACACUUCCAGUGCCCAGGUCGCACAGCGCAAGGGUAUCCCAGUGCCUCAGAGGCCCACUCUGCAGCCUCAGGAGCCGGGCUCAGCCACCAGCACCAGUGUCACUGUUUACUGGAAAGUCAACCCUGGAGAUAUCAUAGACUGCUUCCAGGUCUACUGCAUGGAGGAUCCACAAGGAGCCGUGUCAGAGGAGUACCGUGUGACGGUGAAGGAAAGUUACUGUGUCCUGGAGGAGCUGGAGCCCGACAAGACCUACAAGGUGUGGGUGAUGGCUGUGAACUACACAGGCUGCUCCCUGCCCAGCGAGAGGCUCGCCUUCAGAACCGCUCCAUCAGUGCCAGUGAUUGAUACAGAGCGCUGCACUGUCAUGUGGGAUUCAGCAACGCUGCGAUGGAGCUCAGCAAAACAGACUCCCGAACAGAGUUACAGCUUAGAGUACUGCCGCCAGUAUGAACUGGAAGGAGAGGGGCUCAGGUCCAUCUCAGGUAUCAAAAUCUGUGAACAGAAGGUUCUCCUGCAGCCCAAUGAGAACUACCUGUUUUACAUCAAAGCUGUGAAUGAGGCUGGAGCCAGUGAACAAAGCGAAGCUGCACUCAUUUCCACCAAAGGGACAAGGUUCCACCUGCUGAAAGCCUCCGCUCACCCCGCUCUGGAGCUGUCAGUGGACCAGACCACCCUGCACUACUGUCGCAAUGCGCCUGAAAACACACCAUCUACAGACAAACAAUGUCCAUCCAUCCUGGGGGAGUUGCUGCUGGCACGGGGACGUUACUACUGGGAGACCAUUGUGUCAGGAAGCACAGCUUACAGACUGGGGGUGGCGUACAGCACAGCCAAUAGAAACAGCUCACUAGGGGAAAACAGCCUGUCCUGGUGUUUGCAGUGUAUCCCUACACCAUCAGGCUGCAGCUAUCGGCUGCUUCACAAUGACGUUCAGUGCACUGUGUUUGUGACUGAGAUGCCUGAGCGAGUGGGAACUCUCCUGGAUUACCAACACGGUCGUCUGUCUUUCUACAACGCCCAAAGCGGUCAGCUGUUAGGCACUUUCCGACAGCGCUUCACCCGGUCCUGCCACCCUUCUCUGGCCCUGGAGAUGCCAGGCAGCCUGGAGGUCAGCAUGGUGCCGGAGGUGCCGGAGUUCACCAAGGACAGCUAGCUCUGCCAUCUGCCAUGUUGGACAUUUGUUGAUUUUAAUAAUAAAAUGGUCAUUGUUGCAUUACUAAAAAAAAAAAAAAGAAUCACAAAUAUGACUGGAGAUAAAAUAUGAUAUGAUAUCAGUACGUUAAAGGCAGAAGUCAUCAUCGUCAUCAUUUUUUGUUUGUCUGUUUUGUCUGAUUGAACAGUAAUUCAAUUCAACUUUUUUUUUGGUAACAUAAAUGAAAUUGUAAAUAUCAAAAACAGGGCGAGUGUAAAUGAAUGAUGACUGUGUGAAAUAUAACUGAAUUGCAAUUUAACGCCUUAAUUUUUUUUUUUCACAGGUGAAUACCUUGUGAAGUGAAAUGUUGUGUAUCAUUUGGUAAAUCUGAUCAUGACAUAUGUUGAUGUGACACUUUUGUACUGUUUUGUAAAUGUGUUUUCUCCUCUUUGUUUAAACCCUUAUUGCACACACACUGUCUCAUUACUAGAACAAACAGCAUUUAAGGCCUUUUUUUUUUU